AUGAUAAUAGCGUUCCUUGACAGAGAUCAUCGCGAGUGGGAUCUCCACUUGCGAGACUUUUGCUUUGCCUACAAUACUGCACUUCAUACGUCCACUGGUGCGUCACCAGCUUUCUUGAAUUUGGGUCGAGAAUUGUUGCCGAUACGUUCCCUGAGGAAUCGUCUAGCGAAUGUCGAGGAGGUUGCCGAACAACCCCCGGCGAAAUGGAAAGAGCGCAUCACUCAGUUGUCCGCGUUAAAAGACUGGGUGACGGAAAAUCUCGAAAAAGCUUAUCGGAAGCAGUCCGAAGCAUAUAAUUUGCGUCAUCGAGAUGUGUCAUAUAGCGUCGGUGAUUUAGUAUGGAAAAGAAAUCGCAUCUUGUCCUCCGCGACACAAAAUAUUGCCGCAAAGUUAGCACCUAAAUAUCAGGGGCCACACCGCAGUUUAGGCAAUCAUGAGUUUGACGACGGCGUCGCCGGUUUAAUACCAUUUAUACAAAAUGCAACAUUUCCCAUCGUAACGGCGAAUCUGGAUCUCAGCGAGCAGCCCGAUCUGGCCGCGACGAAUCUGAAGAACAGUACGGUUCUUGAGGUGAACGGCAGAAAGAUCGGUGUAAUCGGCUACCUGACGCCAGAAACGAAGAUCCCGUCGAGCACCGAAAACGUGAUCUUCAUGGACGAAGUAGAAGCUAUUCGGAAGGAAGUGACGAAACUGCGAGAACAAGGCGUCGACAUUCUCAUCGCUCUCGGACACUCCGGUUUCGAAACGGACAAGAAGAUCGCCAAGGAGGUCGAAGAGAUCGAUCUAGUGAUCGGCGGUCACACUAAUAUCUUUCUGUAUCGUGGUCAACAGCCCGAUGUCGAGAUGCCGAAAGGUUUUUACCCUACCGAGGUGAUACAGAAGAACGGGAGAAAAGUCUACGUCGUUCAGGCGUACGCGUACACCAAGUAUUUGGGUAAUUUUUCUGCGAGUUUCGACGUUAAAGGAGAAAUCGCGCAUAUUGAGGGGAAUCCGAUUUUUGUCGACUCCAGUGUGAUGGAGGUGGAAGAUGUUUGGGAAAUGAUACGCUCCAUGAGAAAACUCAUUGACGAUCUGGAACACAAGGUGAUCGGAAAGACGCGAGUGUUUCUCGACGGAGAUAGCAAAAAUUGCAGACGGCGCGAAUGCAAUAUGGGAAAUUUGAUCUGUGAUGCUCUAAUUGAUUAUAAUCUGGCAUCUCUGAACGGGUGGACGGAUGUUGCCAUCGCGAUACAGAACAGCGGCAGCAUCAGAUCGUCCAUUACAAGAGCGAGAAACGAUGAAGUAACUCGAGGUGAUAUCAUAAGCGUUUUGCCUUUCGGAAAUGUCGUCGUUAAAGCCUCUAUGACAGGAGAGCAGAUACUCUCGAUGUUAGAAUGGAGUGUUCAUAAUCUCAACGACACAACUUCCACCGGAAAUUUGUUUGGCGCUUACUUGCAAUACUCAGGACUGCAGGUGGUCUAUAACAUAAAUCAACCACCGAACUCGAGAGUAGUUUCCAUUCAAGUUCGAUGCGCCGCUUGUCGAGUACCGACAUACAGCGAGCUUCAAAAGAAUGCCACCUACACUAUUCUCUUCAACGAUUUUCUUGCAAAGGGAGGAGAUGGUUUUCACAUGCUGGAAGACCUCGAGACAACGUCUUUCGGUGUCACAACAGCGGAUGUAUUGGAACAUUAUUUCAAACGGCAUAGUCCGGUGUAUCCAGGUGUAGAGUGGCGGAUUACGUACAUAGACACAGAAAAAAAAAACAUCUCCAUAGAAAAUCUUAACACUCGUAAUUUAGGAACAACUUAUCCGCCGACUGUUGCAAUGACUCUCUUUCAUCUCUCUCCCAUUAUCGUUUGGUUAGUGAUAAUGUAA